CUCCGAGGUGCAGUACACGAACAUACCACUUUCCUUCUUCAACCUGUUUUUUUUUCUCUUGGACCUCAUGAAACGAUUUUGACGAGAUUGUCAUCCCAUCCAAUUUGAACAGAAUAAUAAUCAAUAACUGCCCAGUUACCUAUUCGAAAAUAACAAAGAAGACGUAGAAAUUCACUCUCCGUCGCUCAUAAUGGCAGGAGACGAUGGUCCCGAGGAGCUUCCUCAGCCCUUCGACGCGAAGCGACUCGAGUCCGCUAAGAAACGGAAGCAUUCGCAAUCCCCCGUCAGAAACAAAAGCAAGCAUCGUGAUGAUAACUCAGACAUGCCUUCAAUCGACGAACUCCCUCAACCAUUUGACGCAAAGAAGCUCGAACCAGCCAAGAAACGCCAGCGCUCGAGGUCACCGACAGGCGAGGCGCCUCGAAGGCUUAAGCGACCCGGUCGCGGCGCCCGAUUCUCCCAGGCAGAGAGUUCGUCCAUCCGUCACCGCCAUGAGCAACGCGAGCGCGAGGCUGCCGAGGCCGCUGCCACGCAGGCCGUGCUAGACCAGAGAGGCAUCAACGACGUCGUGCGACAGCACUAUAACGCGGUGCCGGAGAGAGGCCGAGACUGGCGAAAGACGGACAGCAGAAUCAAGGGGUUGAGAUCCUUCAACAAUUGGGUCAAGAGCACGCUAAUACAGAAGUUCUCGCCGGACGAGGACUACACACCCGGUGCCCACGAAAGAGGUCAUGAUAUGGCUGGCGCUAGGGACCACCAGCUACUUGUACUCGACAUUGGAUGUGGUAAGGGUGGUGAUUUGGGCAAGUGGCAACAGGCCCCGCAGAGGGUUGCGCUAUACGUUGGACUGGAUCCUGCAGAUGUCUCAAUCGAUCAGGCGCGAGAGCGGUACCGCAAUAUGAGCCAUCGCGGUGGAGGCGGCGGACGAGGUGGUAGGGGCGGCCAUAGGGGUGGUCGCCACCAACAUCUUUUCGAUGCACGCUUCUUUGCGAAAGAUUGCUAUGGGGAAUCUAUCGGCGAUAUCGAUAUCAUCAGACAAGUCGGAUUUGAUCAUUCACCCAUGGGGAGGAGUGGGUUCGAUAUCGUCAGCAUGAUGUUCUGUAUGCACUACGCAUUUGAGAGCGAAGAGAAGGCCCGCAUGAUGCUUCAGAAUGUCUCCGGAGCUCUAAAAAAGGGCGGUCGAUUCAUCGGCUGCAUACCCAACUCGGACGUGAUCGGCGAGCGAGUUGUCAAGUUCAAUGACUGGCUUGCGAAAAAGCAGAAAGCAGAGGCAGCCAAGGAGAAAGAAGCACCUCCCCCUAAGGAGGAGAAAGAAGAAGGCGAAGAAAAGGAAGAGGGGGAAGAAGGAGAGGUCGAGGAGACGGCGGAAUGGGGUAACGAUCUCUAUCGGGUUAGGUUCCCCGGUAAGACGCCCGGAGAUGGAAUAUUUCGACCGCCGUUCGGCUGGAAAUACAGCUUCUUCCUUGACGAGGCUGUAGAGGAAGUGCCUGAAUACGUUGUUCCGUGGCCGGCGUUCCGUGCCAUUGCGGAAGACUACAAUCUCGAGUUGCAAUACCAUCAGAAAUUUGACGAAAUUUGGGAGGCUGAAAAGGAUGAUCACAUUCUAGGGCCUCUAAGCGAGCGUAUGGGCGUUCGCGAGAGAGGGAGGGGGCCACUUUUAGUCUCGCCAGAAGAGAUGGAGGUUGCGAACUUCUAUCUGGCGUUCUGCUUCUAUAAAGUAUAGUCGUUCUUGCAGGCAAUGGGAUUGGCUUUUGUGGUUGGUUGCAAGGCGGCAUCCUCAUUAGAUGAAGACAUUGGCAUUGUUUAUUCAAGGGCCUAGGACAUUUCUUAAUGGCGUUGGGGAUGUCCUGGAAGUUGACGCUAUCCUUGAAAUCCGACGUUCCCUAGGAUUGAUAGGAUAGCAUAUCAAGUGCGUACUAUAUGCCCAAUGAAGUGCUAGCUGAUCAUAAGGACUAAGCUGUGGCUGAAGUAAGACUGCUGUGGCCAUCAAUAGCAGAGUCUCUUGACCUGAAGUAGAUAAGCACUACUAAAUCACAACUCCCAGGCUGACUAUCUGGUACCAACCUAAGAAGUAGCCAACUGGAUAUUCGUUGUAUUCUCAGCUGUUACAAUUCUAAAAUAUCCACC